ACAAGCUGGCGGUCGCCGACGUGGCUGCACUCAAGCGCGCACGCGCCAUCUACCCCCGUGGUGGUCGUCCCGGCGGCCGUGACGGAGAAAUGGACCUCAAAGGCUCCCCCCCUCUCACGUGCCAGCAGCCACGCUUCAAGGGCAUUGCAAAAAAAAAAAAAAAAAAAAAAAAAAAAAAAAAACUUUUGCAAGGCCUCGAUGAAAGAGAGAAGGAGAGCGAGCGAGAGAAACAGAGAGAGAGCGAGAGAGUGAGAGAGAGAGAGAGAGAGAGAGAGAGAGAGAGAGAGAGAGAGAGAGAGAGAGAGAGGGAGAGAGAGAGAGAGAGAGAGAGAGAGAGAGAGAGAGAGAGAGAGAGAGAGAGAGAGAGAGAGAGAAUAAGAUAAAGAGAGAGAAAGACCAUAAGA